AUGAGCUUCCAUGAGCUAGCAGCUGAAUUCUUGGAGACUAAACGCUCAUACAUCUCGUCAAACUCUGGGUGUUUGAGCAAUCCUCGGGGACCCCAAGAAGCCUCAGGGAUCCCAAGAAGUCACAGGGACCCCAGGAAUCCUCAGGGACCUCAGGAAGCCACAGGGACCCCAAGCAAUCCUCGGGGACCCCGGGAAGCCACAGAGAUCCCAAGAAACCUUAGGGACCCCAGGAAACCACAGGGACCCCUUGAAGCCUCAGGGUCCCCAGGAAACCUCAAGGACCCCAGGAAACCACAGGGACCCCCAGGAAGCCACAGGGACCCCAGGAAACCUCAAGGACCCCAGGAAACCACAGAGACCCCAGGAAGCCUUAGGGACCCCAGAAAGCCACAGGGACCCCAGGAAGCCUCAGGGACCCCCAGGAAGCCAGAGAGAUUCCAGGAAACCACUGAGACCCCAGGAAGCCUCAGGGACCCCAGGAAGCCUCUGGGACCCCAGGAAGCCACAUGGACCCCAGGAAGCCUCUGGGACCCCAGGAAGCCUCAGGGACCCCAGGAAGCCUCAGGGACCCCAAGUAAAUCCAAACGAUCUCCGAAAGUCAGAGGAACUUACGGGAAAGUGAACGGGUCUUCAGGAUGUCAAAGGGAAGACAUUUUAAUGGGACCCUGUGGGUUCUUUGGGGUCCAAAGUAGUGUCCAAGGGGUCCCAUGGCUUUCCGGAGGUCCCUUUGGCUUCCCAUAA